AUGUGGGCGUUGGUGGACUGCGAGGACUACUGAGAACCGGGUGAAGAAGGAGCAGCAGCAGCAGAGACCCGAUUUGGGGAUUUGGGCCCUCUGCCACAUGUGGGACAAUUCCUGGCGGUGGUGGAUGGUUUCUUCCACGUUGGGUGUUUGGAACUGGGAGGGUUGCUGAUCAGCCCAGUUGCACCAUCCACUGGCGAUGGCGAGACGCGCAGGCUUGACUUGGCCCCACGUUAUUAUUACUGGGCCUGCCGGCAGUCGCUUCCAGACAGACAGGGUGCAGUUUGCAGAGCUGCUGGGUCGAGAAAGCACCUGCAGCAGGGGAGACGGAGGCGGGGGCGGAGGAGACCUAGAGCGGCCGGUGCCAUCCCUUUUUUUGCCAUUAUAGGAGAAGACGAAAUUUGAAGAAGAAGAAUGAGGGGUUCAAAGUGAAUCAGCUAGAGGCUGAAUUCCCUGAGCUUUCUGUGAGGCUAGCUUUUGAGCUCGUAAGUCUAAGUGCCGACAGUGGUGCCCCCGAGCUGAAGGUUCAGUGUGACAUUCUCAACUCCGAACGUCUGAGUUGGUUUUGAAUUAGUGAGAGUAUGUUGGAUUUAUUUCCAGUUUUGAAGAGACCAGAGAUUGCCCGAGCAACUAAGUGAAGCUUCAAUCCGACCGCACAUCCCAAGAACAGAGUCUAUCGGUAUGAGACCAUCGGCAAUUGUUGGAACGAAGGCGGUAGCAAUCCCAUCACGGCAAUCUGGGUGGAUGCUUGUUGGUUAACCACAUACUGCAAGUAGUUUUGGAGUUGCAGUAGUGUGUUGAGAAGGGGUGGCAGGGUGAAAGGAGGGGUGAUCGAGAAUUAUGCAACUAACUACGUGGGUCAGAUGCAAGCCCAUCUCAAAUGAAUAAGGUCAACUAAUAGAGGAAAAACAACACGUCAUAUCCUGUGUCGCUAAGCCUCAAGUGAUCGACAGCGCGAGAAGGAAAUGGAAAUUAGGUGUUAAAAGCAAUCGGCCAUUCAGUUUUGAAGCGCUACAUCCUAGAAGCCACAAUUUAGCAUCAUUGACGUUUUGAUAGCUGUCAUAGCUAUCUCGCCUACUUAAGACAAGAGGGUUUAUCCAUCGUGAGGUGCACUGACGGUAGAAACAGGACUGCAGCUUGGAACCCAGGAAUUAUGAGGUCGCAGCUGCAAAUGUCGUCGGGGGUGUGAGACAAAUUCAAUCAAACAUUUUGAAGACGAGGGAUGGAUCGAUUUUUUUUCCCCACUGAGACCAGAAUGUCGAAGCCUCGGCAUUUAGGGCCUUCCCCUUCACUGAAUCGGUCAUUAUCAAGACUGUCUUCAUCAACAUCUUUCUCAUCGCGGCAGUCAAAUUCGAGAAUUCACAAAUUUCUGAUCGCCGGUGGACUACUCUUGUUUGCCACCGUUGCCUUCUUCCAAGUGCAUCUGCCUGGGGCCCCACAAGGCUCCAAGCUUAGUCCUCUUGAGCAUGGGAAGUCAGACAAGGGCGCUGGAGUUAAACAUGCAUGGUGGAAGGAGAAUGUCGGGGUAAGGGAUACCAGCGACUUGGAUCUGGUUACUGGUAAAAUCAGAUCGGUUGAAAAGAGAAAGUUUGGACGAAGAAUGGGAGCAGUGCAACGCGUUGAAGAUGACGUAGAGGUGGGAAGUAGUGAUGAAGACACAGAAACCGUAGAAGAAAUGGGAGAUGAUGGGGAUGUAGAUGAAGAUGAAGAUUGGGAUCGCUUUGAUGUUGAUGAAGAUGAUGCAGUUGUCGAAGAUGAGGAUGAUGACCUUGAGGACAUGGAUCUGGCAGUUGUUGCAGAAAUGGCGGAUCAGGAUGGUUUUGAAAGUGUAACAAAUGACCCGGACUCUUCCAAAAAAUCUGGACAGGAGGGUUUUAGUAAAAUAAAUUCAGCAGUGCCUGAGAAAGGGGGAGUUAAGAAAGUUGCCUCUUCCAAGUCACCAGGUCGUAAUCGUGUAAAUAAUGAAAAAAGUAGCAAUAGUAAUACUGAUCAACACAGGGGCAAACCAGGUAACUAUAAACCCAAACAUAACAAAAUUGCUAAGGGAAAUGCUGUUCCGGAUUGGGUUCUUGAUGAUAAAUUGCGUAUCGAACAGGGCGAAAUUUCUGAGACACAUCAGAAGGGUUUUGAGAAAGACCUAAUAACGGGCAUAGAAAAGAGGAAGAGCUCAUUCUUUUGGGAUCAUGCACUGGGUGUUCGCAAGAGAUCUUUGGAAAAUGUGGGCUCUAUGGGCUUGGGAGAAAUUAAGAACUCAACUGCCAUCUAUAAGCCUGGCGAGGUUGUGGAAGACAAACGUGUAGCAACAGGGGACAAAGAAGCAGCCAAAGUAGCUGUGCUGCAGUUGAGAGGCUUCAAGGAAGUCGUUGAGAAUUGGAAGGAGCGGUUCAACAGCGAUGAUGAGUUGAUAGACGAUGAUGUUCAGCAACGCCUUGAAGGUGUGCGUGAAAUUGAAGAUGCUUUGUUGUUGAAUGGGGAUGUAGCACCAGAGAAGCCGACACUUUCCAAGAAGUUUGAUGCUGCUUUGAAGAAGGGAGGAGGAAGAUUUGACCCUAUGAAUCCUGCCAACAACCCAAUGCUUCAAGAUCCUGACACAGAUCCCGGGACGUGGAUGACGAAGACUGACAAAGAGAUGUUAAUGGCUAUCAAAGGAGGUCGUUUCAGUGGUGGUUUGCCACCCAAGGUCCUCUUGAGGGGCAAUAUCCCUGGGACUGUUACUAAGACAGAUGCCGAGGUGGAUAGACGAGCCUCCGCAGUCGAGGCUUCCAGUUAUGCAAGGCAGGAGAAAAGAGAGAUUACCAAAUCUAUUCUAGCUGAAAUCAGCGAUCUACGUAGAUCCGGCGAGGUACAUGGUGCGGGUGGGCUGGGAAAAUUCAUGGAAUUGAGCUCUCAGAGAAAUGGAGAUGAGAGGCAAUCAGUAUAUUAUCCCGGAAUAGGAUCUUCACUGUCCUUUUUGAAUUUUACGGAAGCUUUCUUGGGGCAAGAGAGCUGCUCACUUAAUGUCUUUAUGGCUUGGGUUACCCCUGCACGGGAUUUCACAGCCAGGCACCAACGGGCGUUAGAAAGUCUUUUUCGCAUUCACCGGAAUGCUUGCGUGGUCAUUUUCUCAGACACACUUGAGUUUGAUUUCUUCAGUACAUUCGUGAAAGAAGGGUACAAGGUAGCUGUGGUGCGACCAAAUCUGCAGGAGCUUCUAGCAGACACUCCAUCUGAUGUUUUCUCUGCUGUCUUGCCGAAGUUGAAAGAGAAGCCUUUGUUUCACUUGCAUAUUACUGAACUUCUAAGAUUAGCAGCUCUUUACAGGUUUGGAGGAAUAUAUCUGGACAUGGAUGUGCUUGUCUUGCGACCUAUGGACAAUCUACGCAAUACUUUAGGUUCUGAAAUCACUGCGAACGGAAACCUACGACUUAGUGGUGCUGUUUUGGUCUUCGAGAAGUCCAGUCUAUUUCUGAAGAAGUGUAUGGAGGAAUUCACGAGGACGUACGACGAGACAUUAGAUCAGUAUAAUGGAGCAGAUCUCUUGACACGAGUUGCCAAUUCUACUGUUGAUGAAGAGGGUACUACAUGGACAAAGCUGCCGCAUUUGUUGAAGAUUCAAGGGCCGUCUACGUUUUUUCCACUGGAUUCAAGUGGGAUCUCAAAAUUCUUUGCAGCACCUAAAGAUGACAUCGUGAAAGAAAAGCAACGGAACCUGCUGAUCAGAAUUUCCGAAGAGGCAAUCACUGUCCAUUUGUGGAACAGUGUUACAUCGAGCCUAGUUACGGAGCCAAAUAGUCUUGUAGAAACCAUUCUGAGCCGAUCUUGUCUGCGAUGUGAGAAUGUUCUAUGAUUGUCUCAGAUUUUUUGAACCCGGAAAUUGUAUAAGAUUAGUAUCUAUGUACCAUAAGAUUAACAUUUGUGUACCGUAUAUACCGCAGCAAUAUCUUUUCUAUGUUUAUUUUGUUCUCUUAUUAUUGUUAUUUUUAUGAUUUUGAAAGAAACGUAGGUAACAGCGUAGUUGGUAGGACCAAUGAACGGGAACAACUGGCAGUUGGUUUAAUAUCAAACCGAGCUAAACGCCCAAUUGACUGCUGCAUCAGUGAUUUCUUUUCCCAAAACCUUGUUCUAAAAUAUGAAGAUACUUAUCUGAAAUGA